AUGUGGGGCAGACCUGUGGCAGCAGAGGCCAACCUGAUGUUGCACCAACCUGAGGAGAAGUGCAUCAACCGGCUAGUGAGUGGGCGCCAGUAUGCGGGGUCAGUGUGGGAUCCUCAGCGUGGCCUGGUGGAGGUUGGCCGUUUUUCUCACACGUCGCCUGCCCGUGAGGGGCUCGGGCCGGGACGUGAAGCAAAUAAACAACAUGUAAGAUGUCAGAAGUGCUUGGAAUUUGGGCAUUGGACUUAUGAAUGCACAGGAAAAAGAAAGUACCUACAUAGGCCUUCAAGAACAGCAGAACUAAAGAAAGCUUUAAAAGAAAAAGAAAACAGAUUAUUAUUACAGCAAAGCAUUGGAGAAACUAAUGUAGAAAGAAAGACCAAGAAAAAAAGGUCUAAAAGUGUAACCAGUUCCAGUAGCAAUAGCAGUGAUAGUUCAGCCAGUGAUUCUUUAUCAGAGAGUGAAGAGACCUCUACCUCAUCCUCCUCAGAGGACAGUGACUCUGAUGAAAGCUCCUCCAGUUCAUCAUCUUCAGCCUCUUCCACAAGCUCUUCCUCCUCCUCCAAUUCAGACUCAGAUUCCAGCUCUUCCAGUAGCAGCAGCAGCAGCACAAAUAGUAGCUCUGAGGAUGAACCACCAAAGAAGAAGAAAAAGAAAUAGAACUGUUCCAUCCAUGUUGGACUGAUGGACUAAAAACAUUAAUGUGAUUCUCAGAAGGGAAUUUAGAAUGUGUUAAGACCAAAUAGGUUAACUGAUCAAAAUUUUUA